AUGGCUCGAACAGGUGAAAAGCGUUCCAUCGACAAAACUCACACAAAUUUGCCAGCAUCAGUGCAUUUCCCAGAUAUCCCACUUGAUUUGGCAGCACCUAAGCGAUUUAAGUUUAUGAUUGACCAUUUAUUAGAUGUGGGUGAUAUGAAGAAAAGGUCUGAAGGAUCAGCAUUAACCCCGGUAAAAGGUGUAAAUUCUGAUGAAGAGGAUAAUACAGAUUUGGGAGAUAGUGGUUGUAGCUCAGAACAACUACCAAAAGCAUUUCCUCUUUCUGGAAACUCUCAUAUGCUUCGGUAUGUUACUUGUCGUUUGGAAGGACGCGAACUGUGGAAUAAAUUUUACGAGCUCAGCACCGAAAUGAUUAUUACCAAAAGCGGAAGGUAA